AUGGCUCCCUUCUUUCAGUCUCUUGGUCGCUUGGCCAUACUGGGCCUCGUCCUCUUCUCGCAGGGCGGUGGCUCGCAUGACAUCCGGGACGAGUCUCGCGCCGAGGCAGCCAAGGUGCCGUUGCGCCUCAUGCCCCUGGGCGCGUCCAUCACGUACGGCGUCAAGUCUUCGGACGGCAACGGCUAUCGCAAUGACCUGCGGCAGAUGUUGGUUCGCGACGGCUACCAGGUUGACAUGGUCGGGUCCCGCAAGGCCGGGUCCAUGAGCGACAACGACAACGAGGGGUGGCCGGGGCUCAGGAUCGAGCAGGUCCAGGCCAAGGGCGACGUGUCGGUGCCGAGACUCAAACCAAACCUCGUGGCUGUCAACGCCGGCACCAACGACUGCGCCCAGAACUUUGACAUUGCGGGCGCCGGCGGGCGUAUGGACCGCCUGCUCGAGUCUGUGUGGGCCAAGUCUCCCCGCUCCACCAUCAUCUUGUCCACCCUGCUCGUCAACGGCAACCCGGUCAUUGAAGCCCGCGUUCUGCGUGUCAAUGAGCAGCUGCGGAGCCUGGCCAGGCGCAAGGCGGCCGCGAGGAAGAGGAUCGUGCUGGUGGAAAUGCACGGCGCUGACGGCCCUCAGAAGGGUGACUUGGUGGACGGCACGCACCCCAACGACGCGGGUUACAACAAGAUGGCCAAGAUCUGGCACAGGGGCAUCCAAGAGGCGGCCUCGAAGGGAUUUCUGCAGAGGCCCGCGCCCAAGUUGUGA